AUUGUCGUAAAAAACCAUUGAACGAAGCGGCGCUAGUCGAACUGCUUUUGCAAUACAAGUCGUCGGAAUUCAACGAAUCAAGGUAGGAAAGGAGUAAGACUUUGUCAUCUACAUCCGAUUGCCGUCGGUUUUGCGGAAAGUGUAGCGUUGGCUAAGGAGACGCUUGCUUUUCGGCUCGAGCUGGAUUCCGGCUCGCCUGGACGAGUACAUCUAUUUGCCGUGCGUUACAGUUCACACCUAUUGUCUUAUUGCCGGCGUUUCGGACAUCUUGCGCUAGUGGUUGAGGCUUUGCAAGCCGGUGGCUGCUAAAUCGCGCCCGUGGCUGCGUGUUUUCGACGUGCGCGUCGUUUGUGCUUGCGUGCAUGUGUGUACGCGCGCGCGUGUACCUCAUCGAUAAAAGAAACGACCGUUUGGUUUUAGCCACACAUUUACAUACCUAGAGCACCAAUCCUCGCACUCAGCCAACCAACGAUCAACUGGAAUAGUGCGAUAGCGCGGGCAAAACCGUCACAAUAAACUACUCAAGAUGGAUAUAAAUUCCAUGAGCUUGGAUGAAAUCAUACGGCACCAGAAGCUCCAACGUAACCAAAACGCCGCACGGCCGAAACCACCGGGAGGCAGAGGAGGAGGUCAUGCCAAUGCAUCCGGACAUCAGUGGCCGUCGACCAACAGGGGGCAACGCCCAGCGAACCAAGUGCGCGAUGCACGCGAUGUUAUAUAUACUAAAAUUCGAAGCAAAAUGACGGACGCUCGAGAAAAACUCGUACAAAAGAACCGGCAUAUUGAUGCGCGGGUUAAGUUACGGAACCGUGCUUACGAGGCACAACGGCGAGCUGCCUUGAACGGUGCCGGAGGUAGCGGUGGUGGCGGCAGACGCCACUCGCACGCAAAUUCCAACCGUGGCGGUCAUCAUCAUCGCACAAACCGUCACUACAUGGAUUUGGAUGCGGUUCACGAGUCGAACGGCGACCGGCUGUACACCACAUCCAGUGGCGGCCAGAAACGGUCGAGUCGGUCGACGUACAUGGAUUUGGAUGCGGUUCACGAGUCGAACGGCGACCGACAUUACAGCACAUCCAGUGGCGGCCAGCAACGGUCGAGUCGGUCGACCUACAUGGAUUUGGAUGCGGUUCACGAGCCAGACGACGAUCUGCUGUACACCCCGACCCGGCGCCAACCAUUAUCGCUCCUUGACAUCCCGCCGACGCCGCUAUCGCGUACGGUGAGCAACGAGAUGUGGUCUGACAUGCCGCCACUGCCUCGCUUCCGCUCCGGGCUCGGCGGGUCGUCCGACACUCCACUGUCGCCCCUCCGCCCGGUUUCGCUCGUCGAUUUGCCGUGGUCCGACCCGUUCGAAAAGUACGAGCGCCUGCCGCGCCCGCAACUGUUCAACCAGCCGGACGCCGCCCUAAUGGUGCCAUACGAACCGACGCCACGCCAGCCACGCGGAAUUCUCCGCAAAUCGUCACCGCCACCACCAUCGAGCGACGGAGCAAAGGAUUACGCGACGAACAUCAAGGCUCGGCUCGAGCGCGCCCCAAACGCAGCUGAAUCGAUGGGCAUCUUCGCGAAGAUGUCCGAUCCCUUCAAGUACAAGCCGGCCGCCCAAAGCAAACCGGCCACCGUGACAUCGGCGGUGGUGUACCGCGGCUCGUCGGCGGCUCCUCCGCCACCACCGAAAGCCGGGUACCGUAUUGUCGUCAGCAACCUGCAUCCUAAAGUUGUCCACGAGGACAUCGAGGAACUUUUCGCUGACAUCGGUGACCUGAUUGAGACGCGCCUGGUACGCCCGGGCAUCGCCGAGGUGAUUUACCACACGCUGCAGGAUGCAGAGAAGGCAGUGGAAGUGUACCACAAUCGCCAGCUGGAUGGCCAGCCGAUGAACUGUCUGCUGGUGAAUCCGCGGUACACUAGCACACAGCAGCCACCGAUAUUCCACACCUUCUAACAGCCAGCUGUGAUAAGUCCCAGGGAAGCCCGCGGGAUGCACCCACGGUGGUGGGCGAGUGAGCGGGAGUCGUAACAGUUAGUAUAUUUCAGGUUAGGAGUUAGGUUCGAUUUUGAUUGCUAUGCAAACAGCCGGAACAUCAUACGCACGUUUGCAUGCGGAGGAAGGAAGCGUACAGGAAAGGUGGCCGAUUAGAACUAGCGAGGCGAUUCUCAUAGGUUUACUGUUUGGUAUUGAUGCGAGCAAUAGUUCCAUCGUUCCACUGACCAUUAUUUUUCUUUUGCUCAUUUUUCUUCGAUUUUUUAAUUCUUCAAAACAAAUCAAUCAUAUGUGCAGCGAUGAACUCUAAUGGUAAAAGGUACCAAUCAGAAAAGGAGUUAGGUUCGAUUUUGAUUGCUAUGCAGCUGGAACAUCAUUCGCACGAUUGCAUGCGAAAUAGGGAAGCAUAUUGGAAAAGUGUCCAAUUAGAGCUGCCGAGACGAUUCUCACAUAUUUGCAGGUUAGUAUUGAAUGGUAGCAAUGCUCCACCGUUUAAUUGAUCAUUAUUUUUCCGUUUUCUUCAACUUAUUAAUUCUUCAAAACAUAAUGAUCAUACGUACAGUGAUGGAAUUUAAUUGACAAAAGGUAUCAAUCGAUAGACGACCAGCGUAACAGUUAGUAUAUUUCAGGAAAAGAGUUAGGUUGGAUUGCUAUGCAAAAGCUGGAAUAUCAUUUGCACGUAUGCAUGCGAAGGAAGAAGGUAGGAAAGUCAUUCGAUUAGAGCUACCGAGGCGAUUCUCACAUGUUCACAAUUUGGUACUGAUGGAACAAUAGUUCCAUCGGGUAACAGACUCACUUUUUUCUUCAAAUUUUUUAAAUUCCUACGUAAAGCCCUGAAAUCUACUUGCAACAAGGCAUGCGUCGAACGACCAGCUAGAAUAUAUAUGUCGUUUUUUGAGCGUUGGUAGAAUCACUAACUAAAGUUUAAAUUUCCUUCAAACUUUAAUUUAAAUUUUCAAACUUAUAUAGAACACAAACAGAAGAGAUGAACGAACGGAUAGAUCGUAUUGUUCCGAAUUGGAGGUAAAAACGAUAGGAAGCGCAAGAGCGAUCAGCUCGCAAGCUCUUUUUUCUUUAGUUUGAUGGAAACAAAAUUUCCCGCGCGAAUAAUUCUCUUCUUCUGAUUUAUAUUUUCGUACAAGCUAACGCUUUGCAUGAGAUGAAAUACCAAUGAAAAAAUGUAAAACUGUGUCCUCAAAUCGCCAACUUCUCGCCAUUCCUAACGUUACACCGUUGGCCUCUUCAUUCAUCCGCUUUGGCAUGCAACACUUUUUUUUUUAAUUCUAUUUUAAGUCUAGUAUACAGGUCAAAUCAAAAUUAGUCACAGCUCUCCCCAGCAAUCAUUUCUACGAUAGGAACCUACUUUUCUUUUAUUUUGUGGACACAGUUACUAUUGUAAUCACACUAUCAGUAUGCGCGUAGCUUAACCUUAAAGGCGUCUUAGGGCAUUUUUUUUUCUCUCGCUCGAGUUCAGUCGAUAGUUUUUCUUUUUUAUUUACCGAUAAACCUAAUUUGAACGAUAAAACGAAUAUGAACUGGAUUGCCAAAAAGCUAA